CUUGGUAGUUAUACCACGACUCAAGCUUAUUCAAGGGGGCCACAACACACAACCUUACCUUAGGCAAGGUGACCUACCUUCAGCCAAGCCAAGCCCAAGCCAAACAAACACAGCACAACAACGCAAUUCCUGAUACUUUUGAGCUCACCCCACAAAUGGACCCAUGUUUGACUUUUUUCUUCUUCUUUUCUCUCUUGUUCCUUCGCUUCUCCCCGCAUUUUAGAUCGUCAUGUCAAUACCCGCCAUCCCAUAGCCGCCAAACAGGAGACUCAUCACCCAACAUGUUGAUACUCCGCCAGUGUAGCAAGGCGAAAAGUCAGAGCUUUUCUCGUCUCCUGACAUUUUUGGGUCAAUUACGCUUUGCAGUUAACGGCAACCAUUGCUGUGCGUGUGAUCUAAGCUGUUCCUUGCCCAGAGAAAUGGCGCUGUCACGCGGUCCCCCCAGAUUUUACCAAAUUUGUUCCUGGAUGUCUAGAGUUUUUAGUAUGGAUCCACGACUAGGACGUCUUUGCAUUAGCUCCAUCUUGGAAGACGACGACGUGCUUUGGAUAUUGGAUAUGGCAACCCCAGACCAGAUAAUUCCAUGCAAUUUUGCCUUGUGAUGUCGUCGUCAUGAGGGGAAGUGUAACAGAACACGUUGUCAACGGGACUCUGUAAUUGAAUGGAGCGAGCCUUUUGGUGGUGAGACCUUGAGACUCUGAGACAAGUCGAUUAGAGUGAUCAAUAGACUCCAAGCCAUGUAUCGUGAGUUCAGAGUCUAUGGAACAGUUGGCUGAAACAACUCUCCACCUCAGAAACACAAACAUGACCACAUUCUGAUGCGUAAAUACCCAAGGAAAGCUACCACAUCUACAUUCA